AUGACGGCGGACGGCGGCGACUGGGCACAUCUCCGCACACACGCGAGCGGGCAGGAAAGACACUGCAGAGGUAGAGGGCGAGACGACCGGGCCAGCGUGGGGCGAGCCAUGUGGGACGGGGAAGUCUCGAGCGUCGCCCGCGGCAGCGGACUCCCCGAGGCGCUGCCCCGCUCACGCCGGGAGGUGCCAGCGUACGCCAAGUCACUUUUGCAGUCCGCCUACGACGACGGCCGCCUCAGCUGUGCGCAGUUCGUCGCCGUGGCGAAGCAGGCGCUGCUGUUUGUCGCGCGCGCGCGCAGGAGGUCGGCACGCGGCGGUGCUCCAAGGCCUUCGUGGCGCAAGUUGUGCGACUGCAGAUGA